AACAAACCCGAAACUUGUAGAUACGGCCCACGAGCAGCAAUGGCACUCAGCAGAAAAUAUGCUGGGCUCCCUGACUUGGACCUUGCACCAGAUGUCUACGAGACGCCUGCAUUGACAGAAGGCUCCACUCACCCAACCUCCGACACUGCCCGUUCAGACUCAGACUCUGGCGACGAAGCCGAAGCGAUUGACCGGGCGCGGCUGCGCCUUGACAAUGCACGACUACAAUUUGAACCCGCACGGAUAGACGCCCGAGAUGUCGAUUUCUCCGAUCGUAUCGCGCUCAAGCGCAAGUCAUACCGAGCGAGCAGUCGGCGUCAGCGAGGAGGUCCUGACGGCGGCGACGACGAUGACGAUGACGCUUAUAGCGACGAAGAGGAAAGCCUGGAACGAAAACUCGCACGACUACGCAGAGAAGUCGAAGAAGUGCGGCUAGACAUGCAGAAUAAACAAGCGGAACAAGUGGGCGAAAAGGAGAUCUCCGCAGAAGACGAGGGACCCAGCCAAGAUUCGCCGGAACAAGAUAUUAAUGAGUUAUGCAAUAUCCUGGACGAUUUGGAAGCUACAGGACGCAAUGGUGGGAAGAGUAUAGGUCCCGAAGCAAGACUUUUACAAGCGCUCAAGUCGCGGAUACCUAGCGCAGAUGCGGCACUUGCUCGAGAGCCUCCACCAGCCCCAGCAGCUCCGACCGAUCCCACUCUCGAACGAACACAUGCCCUCACCCGCGUGGCAGAUUUCGAAACCCGUCUCGCGGCACUCGAGCAAGCUUUGGGCCUUGCAACCUCUUUGACCGGGGGUGUCGACGACCCAUUCAAUUCUCCGCCCGUCUUGCCCACUCUUGACAGACUAGACAGACAGCUGAGCGCGUUGCUGCAGAGUUCUCCUGCAUCCCUCGAGGCCGUGAGUCGGCGAGUCCGCGACCUUGCGCGGGACGCGGAGAAACUGGAAGAGCUUACAAAACGGGCAAAUACAUCAUCUGCUGCUGCUUCCGCUGCUACUUUUUCUGGCUAUUCUGCAUCUGAAGAACAACUCCCUUCCUCCUCAAGUACCCAACACGAUGCAGCGCCUCUAGCUGGUUAUACCGGCGGCGAGGAAGAUGCAACUGCUGCUGCUUCUUCUUCCCCUUCAAAAUUCGCUUCAGAGCAAGUCGCCAAAAUCAAUGCGCUCUAUGGCACUCUUCCUUCCAUUCAAUCUAUGGCUCCUGUUUUGCCGUCGCUGCUCAACCGUCUUCGCUCGCUACAGGUCAUUCAUGAACGCGCCGGGUCGGCAGUCUCGGAUCUUGACGAGCUCGAGCGCAGUCAGGCGGACAUGCAGACGGAUUUGAAAAAGUGGGCAGAGGGCCUCGACAGGAUCGAGGAGGCUAUGUUCAAAGCGGAGACUACGACGGGUGGGAAUGUCGAGGUCGUAGAGGGCUGGGUCAGAGGGUUGGAGGAACGCAUGAAGUGUUUGGGCGUAUGAUGGGUAGAUUAUUUUUCCAUUUUUGAUUUCGUCUUUCCUUUUUCAUUUUGUUUUAUCUUUAUUUUUCUUUUCUUUUCUAUUCAUUUGAUUUGAAAAGAUUUCGUCUUUCGCCAAUUUCUGUCGUCGGGCUUGUAAUAUAGCGGUAG